AUGGUGGUCCCAUGUGGAGAUGGGUCCCCCUGACCCCAUCCUGGGGGUGACAGAAGCUUUCAAGCGUGACACCAACUCCAAGAAGAUGAACCUGGGUGUGGGGGCAUACCGGGAUGACAAUGGGAAGCCAUAUGUCCUGAACUGUGUCCGCAAGGCGGAGGCCGUGAUAGCAUCCAAGAAGAUGGACAAGGAGUACUUGCCCAUUGCAGGGCUAGCAGAUUUCACGCGGGCAUCCGCAGAACUGGCUCUGGGUGAAAACAGUGAAGCUUUCAAGAGUGGCCGGUAUGUCACUGUGCAGGGUAUUUCUGGGACUGGAUCUCUGCGAAUUGGAGCCAAUUUUUUGCAACGGUUCUUCAAGUCUAGCCAUGAUGUGUAUCUACCCAAACCGUCCUGGGGCAAUCACACACCCAUUUUCCGUGAUGCUGGCCUGCAACUUCAGGCUUACCGCUACUACGACCCCAAGACAUGCAGCCUUGACUUCUCUGGAGCCAUGGAUGACAUUUCCAAAAUUCCAGAAAAGAGCAUCAUCCUCUUGCAUGCUUGUGCUCACAACCCCACUGGGGUGGAUCCCCGGCAGGAGCAAUGGAAGGAGUUGGCAGCUAUGGUGAAGAAACGGAACCUCCUUGUGUACUUUGACAUGGCCUACCAGGGCUUUGCCAGCGGGGACAUCAACCGGGAUGCCUGGGCUGUGCGGUAUUUCAUCGAGCAGGGCAACAAUGUCAUCUUGUCACAGUCCUACGCCAAGAACAUGGGGCUGUAUGGAGAGCGUGCGGGUGCCUUCACGGUGAUCUGCAGUGAUGCAGAGGAAGCCAAGAGGGUCGAAUCACAGCUGAAGAUCCUCAUCCGCCCCAUGUACUCCAACCCACCCCUGAACGGAGCCCGCAUCGCCUCUAUCAUCCUGAACACCCCUGACCUUCGGAAGGAGUGGCUUGUGGAGGUGAAGGGCAUGGCUGACCGGAUCAUCAGCAUGCGGACUCAGCUGGUGUCCAACCUCAAGAAAGAGGGAUCCUCCCACAACUGGCAGCACAUCACUGACCAGAUCGGCAUGUUCUGCUUCACAGGGCUGAAGCCUGAGCAGGUGGAGCGGCUGAUCAAGGAGUUCUCCAUCUAUAUGACAAAGGACGGACGAAUCUCUGUGGCGGGAGUUACGUCGGGCAAUGUAGGUUACCUGGCUCAUGCCAUCCAUCAAGUCACAAAGUAAAGACAAAGGUGUGCCCUGGAGCUGGUGGCCUUCCCUUCCCCACUGGUCAAAGAUGGGGAGGGAAGGGAAACAAGCAGAAUACUUCCAACCACAGCACUUGACGCCGCUGCUGAAUGUGUCUUGUAGAUGAGUUGUUGUAGAAGCCUAGUCAAAACCAUCCUGCAUUGUGGAGCAGGGACAUUGUUGCUGGCUCCCGCUUGUCACAGCUGUUCUCCCCUGUCCAUUCAUUGUCCAUCAGCCCCAGCACCCAUCUGCACUGGAGGAAGCAAAUGCUCUAGCAUUGCCAUCCUACCAGCACCAAAGGCUCCCCCACACUUGUUUCUCCAUGAGAAGGCUUUGUGAGGCUGUUGGCCACUGGCCCAAGCAGCAGUGGGCAGGGAGCUGAGUGGGAGAACUGCUCAGGUGUGCCCCUACCACCUCCUCAGCAGGUCCCUGCUG